GCGUCGAAUCGAGUCAAGACACUCAACUUGAUAUUGAGCCGCUCGACGGGAAGCCUAAAACAACUCCGCCACACGAAACAGCUCCAUCCCUCUUGCUAUGUCCUCACUAUCAGCUCUCAUUGAGCAGGCGAAGCAGAAAAACUCUACCCCCGGGAACCCAAAUAAUAACGACAACAUGACUACCCUUUCCUUCAGAGAUGCUCUUGCUCACCUCGAAAACUCCCGAGUGAAGGCUACACGGCCUCUCAUUCCUCCCCAAAUUCUUCAAGAGGAUCUGCCCUUAACUCUCGGAGCCGCACAAACUGUCCUCCAAGGACGUUUGGCCACACAAAAUGUCCUUAAAGGCGAAGAUGACAGAUUGAUGGUCGUCGUCGGUCCUUGUUCGGUCCACAACAUCGAAUCAGCCAUGGACUAUGCUCAACUAUUGCGAGCAUACGCUGAAGAGGCCAAAGACGAUCUUCUCAUUGUUAUGCGUGUAUACUUUGAGAAACCUAGGACAAUCGUCGGUUGGAAAGGUCUCAUCAACGAUCCCAAUCUAAACAAUACCUUCAGCAUUAACAAGGGACUCCGGAUAGCACGUUCCCUUCUCCUCGAGAUCGCCAAACUAGGACUUCCAGCUGGUUGCGAGUUCCUUGAUACCAUCAGCCCCCAAUACACCGCUGAUUUAGUCUCUUGGGGUGCCAUCGGUGCCCGAACGACGGAGUCGCAAGUUCAUAGAGAGCUCACCUCUGCUCUUUCCAUGCCGACCGGAUUCAAAAACUCUACCGACGGUAGUAUCAGCGUCUCUAUCGAUGCAUGCCGCGCUGCAAGUUCAGGACAUGUCUUCCUUUCUGUUGGAAAGGAGGGUCUAAGCAGUAUCAUCGAGACAUCGGGUAACCCAGAUGUGCACAUCAUCUUGCGAGGAGGAUCAAGCGGUCCCAACUAUGAGGCAGAGCAUAUCCGAAAUGCCGCGGAGAAGCUCAAGAAAGCCGGGCUCGCUCCCAAAAUUAUGGUGGACUGCAGUCACGGUAACAGCAGCAAACAACACAGGCGACAGAUCGAUGUUGCUGAGAAUAUUGCUCAACAACUUGAAUCCGGAGAUACCUCUAGAUACAUUAUGGGUGUCAUGCUCGAGUCCAACCUCGUCGAAGGUCGACAGGACAUUACUGCGAGUGGUGCUGCAGCGCUCACCUAUGGGCAAUCGGUUACCGAUGCUUGUUUGUCCUGGGAACAGACUGUUCCUGCCUUGGAGCGAUUACGAAAAGGAGUGAGGGGACGUCGUGCUCUGCUUAGGAAGAGUUGAUUUGUGUG